CCGGGCGCCCCAGUCUCCCCGUGUCUUUCUCCUUAGGUUUUCCACCUCGUUGGGACCCCCGCACAACUAUGUCCAUCCUCUACGUCUCCCCGCACCCAGAUGCCUUCCCCAGCCUCCGAGCCCUCAUAGCCGCUCGCUACGGGGAGGCUGGCGAGGGUCCGGGCUGGGGCGGAGCCCACCCGCGCAUCUGUCUCCAGCCGCCCCCGACCAGUCGGACCCCUUUCCCCCCACCCCGCCUGCCCGCGCUGGAACAGGGGCCGGGCGGGCUCUGGGUGUGGGGGGCCACGGGGGCCACGGCCGUGGCCCUGCUGCUGUGGCCGGCAGGCCUGGGGGGCCCUGGGGGUAGCCGCGCAGCUGUCCUGGUCCAACAGUGGGUGAAUUACGCCGACACCGAGCUGGUCCCCGCUGCCUGCGGGGCGGCGCUGCCAGCCCUGGGACUCCGGAGCUCUGCCCAGGACCCCCAGGCUGCACUGGGGGCCCUGGGCAGGGCCCUGAGCCCCUUGGAGGAGUGGCUUCGGCUGCACACCUACUUAGCUGGGGAGGCCCCCACGCUGGCUGACCUCGCGGCUGUCACAGCCUUGCUGCUGCCUUUCCGAUACGUCCUGGACCCCUCUGCCCGCCGAAUCUGGGGUAAUGUGACUCGCUGGUUUACCACAUGUGUCCGGCAGCCAGAAUUCCGGGCCGUGCUGGGUGAAGUGGUUCUGUACUCAGGGGCCAGGCCUCUCUCCCAACAGCCAGGCCCUGAGGUCCCCGCACCUCCAAAGACAGCUGCUCAGCUCAAGAAAGAGGCAAAAAAACGGGAGAAGCUGGAGAAAUUCCAGCAGAAGCAGAAGAUCCAACAGCAGCAGCCCCCUCCAGGGGAGCAGAAGAAACCAAAACCGGAGAAGAAGGAGAAACGGGAUCCUGGGGUCAUUACCUAUGACCUUCCGACACCACCUGGGGAAAAGAAAGAUGUCAGCGGCGCCAUGCCCGACUCCUACAGCCCUCAGUAUGUGGAGGCGGCCUGGUACCCUUGGUGGGAGCAGCAGGGGUUCUUCAAGCCCGAGUAUGGACGGCCUAGCGUGUCAGCACCAAAUCCCCGAGGCGUCUUCAUGAUGUGUAUCCCACCCCCCAACGUGACAGGCUCUCUGCACCUGGGCCAUGCGCUCACCAACGCCAUCCAGGACUCCCUGACUCGAUGGCACCGCAUGCGUGGGGAGACCACCCUGUGGAACCCCGGCUGUGACCACGCGGGCAUCGCCACCCAGGUGGUGGUAGAGAAGAAGCUGUGGCGUGAGCAGGGCCUGAACCGGCACCAGCUGGGCCGUGAGGCCUUCCUGCAGGAGGUCUGGAAGUGGAAGGGGGAGAAGGGCGACCGGAUUUACCACCAGCUGAAGAAGCUCGGCAGCUCCUUGGACUGGGAUCGAGCCUGUUUCACCAUGGACCCUAAACUCUCAGCAGCCGUGACGGAGGCCUUCGUCCGGCUUCACGAGGAGGGCGUCAUCUACCGCAGCACGCGCCUGGUCAACUGGUCCUGCACCCUCAACUCCGCCAUCUCUGACAUCGAGGUGGACAAGAAGGAGCUGAGCGGUCGUACCCUGCUCUCUGUGCCUGGCUACAAGGAGAAGGUGGAGUUUGGGGUGCUCGUGUCCUUUGCCUACAAGGUCCACGGCUCAGACAGUGACGAGGAGGUGGUGGUGGCAACAACUCGGAUCGAGACGAUGCUGGGAGAUGUGGCUGUAGCCGUGCACCCCAAAGAUGCCAGAUACCAGCACUUGAAGGGCAAGAGCGUGGUCCACCCGUUUCUGUCUCGGAGUCUCCCCAUUGUCUUUGACGACUUCGUGGACAUGGAGUUUGGCACGGGUGCGGUGAAGAUCACCCCGGCACACGACCAGAACGACUACGAGGUGGGGCAGCGGCACAGGCUGGAGGCCGUCAGCAUCAUGGACUCCCGCGGCGCCCUUGUCAACGUGCCUGCGCCCUUCCUGGGCCUGCCCAGGUUUGAGGCCAGGAAGGCCGUGCUGGCAGCACUGAAGGAGCGGGGCCUGUUCCGUGGCAUCCAGGACAACCCCAUGGUGGUGCCGCUUUGCAACGUCUCCAAGGACGUGGUGGAGCCCCUGCUGCGGCCGCAGUGGUACGUGCGCUGCGGGGAGAUGGCCCAGGCCGCCAGCGCUGCCGUGACCCGGGGCGACCUCCGCAUCCUGCCCGAGGCCCAUCAGCGGACGUGGCAUGCCUGGAUGGACAACAUCCGGGACUGGUGCAUUUCCAGGCAGCUGUGGUGGGGCCACCGGAUCCCGGCCUACUUCAUCACCGUCAAUGACCCGGCCGUGCCCCCUGGGGAGGACCCCGACGGGCGGUACUGGGUGAGCGGACGCAGUGAGGCGGAAGCCCGGGAGAAGGCGGCCAAGGAGUUCGGAGUGUCCCCUGACAAGAUCAGCCUUCAGCAAGAUGAGGACGUGCUGGACACCUGGUUCUCCUCUGGCCUCUUCCCCUUCUCCAUUCUGGGCUGGCCCAACCAGUCAGAAGACCUGAGUGUGUUCUACCCGGGGACGCUGCUGGAGACCGGCCACGACAUCCUCUUCUUCUGGGUGGCCCGGAUGGUCAUGCUCGGCCUGAAGCUCACUGGCCGGCUGCCCUUCAAAGAGGUCUACCUCCACGCUAUCGUGCGAGACGCCCAUGGCCGGAAGAUGAGCAAGUCUCUGGGCAACGUCAUCGACCCCCUGGAUGUCAUCCACGGAGUGUCCCUGCAGGGCCUCCAUGACCAGUUACUAAACAGCAACCUGGAUCCCAGCGAGGUGGAGAAGGCUAAGGAAGGGCAGAAGGCGGACUUCCCGGCGGGGAUCCCUGAGUGUGGCACCGACGCGCUCCGGUUUGGACUCUGCGCCUACACGUCCCAGGGUCGGGACAUCAACCUGGACGUGAACCGGAUACUGGGCUACCGCCACUUCUGCAACAAGCUCUGGAAUGCCACCAAGUUUGCCCUCCGUGGCCUUGGCAAGGGCUUCGUGCCAUCUGCCACCGCCGAGCCUGGAGGCCACGAGAGCUUGGUGGACCGCUGGAUCCGCAGCCGGCUGGCCGAGGCCGUGAGGCUCAGCAACCAGGGCUUCCAGGCCUACGACUUCCCAGCCGUCACCACCGCCCAGUACAGCUUCUGGCUGUACGAGCUCUGUGACGUGUACCUGGAGUGCCUGAAGCCCGUGCUGAGCGGGGCAGACCAGGUGGCGGCCGAGUGUGCCCGCCAGACGCUCUACACCUGCCUGGACGUCGGGCUGCGGCUGCUGUCACCCUUCAUGCCCUUCGUGACCGAGGAGCUGUUCCAGCGGCUGCCCCGGAGGACACCGCAGGCUCCUCCCAGUCUCUGCGUCACCCCGUACCCAGAGCCCUCGGAGUGCUCCUGGAAGGACCCCGAGGCGGAAGCCGCCCUGGAGCUGGCGCUGAGCAUCACGCGAGCGGUGCGCUCCCUGCGUGCCGACUACAACCUCACGCGGAUCCGGCCCGACUGUUUCCUGGAAGUGGCUGACGAGGCCACGGGCGCCCUGGCCUCAGCAGUGUCGGGCUACGUGCAGGCGCUGGCCAGCGCUGGCGUGGUGGCUGUCCUGGCCCUGGGGGCCCCUGCUCCACAGGGCUGCGCGGUGGCCCUGGCCUCUGACCGCUGCUCCAUCCACCUGCAGCUGCAGGGGCUAGUGGACCCGGCCCGGGAGCUGGGCAAGCUGCAGGCCAAGCGCAGUGAGGCACAGCGGCAGGCUCAGCGUCUGCGGGAGCGCCGGGCUGCCUCUGGCUACCCCGUCAAGGUGCCCCUCGAAGUCCAGGAGGCCGACGAGGCCAAGCUUCAGCAGACGGAGGCAGAGCUCAGGAAGGUGGAUGAGGCCAUCGCCCUGUUUCAGAAGAUGCUGUGACCGCCCAGCGCCACUCCGCAUUACCUCCGUGGCCCACCGUGGGGAUGGCUGCAAUAAAAUAUUUUGCCACAGAG